GUGGAAGGAGCCCGGAUCGCUAGGUUGCUGCACGUGGCAAAACGGUGGGCUGGUGAGUUUGCUGCAGGCCAUGUUUUUCUGGUGAGGUCUCAUCUUCCGCCAAAAUGAGGCUGACGCCUGGAUCGCCUCCACCCAUCCUGCCAGCCUUCCUGGCUCUCGCCGUGGUCACCAUUUUACCUCGGCUGUCCUCAGGAGCGACGCCGUUUCCCCAAGACCUGGAACCAAUCAGCAUCGUGGGCAGGGAAUCCUCGUACCUGUACCCCAGCUUCCAGGGUCUCAUGUCGGACAACGACACUGUCCGCCUGGGUCUGGACUUCCAGAGGAUGCUGAGGAUCAACCACAUGCUCUACAUCGCUGCCCGGGACCACGUGUUCGCUGUCAAUCUUGCAAGUUCAUCCCAGCAGAUAAUCGCACAGCAGAAGCUGACGUGGAAAACGAAGGAUGUGGAAAAGUGCACCGUGCGAGGGAAAAACAGCGACGAAUGUUACAACUACAUCAAAGUGCUGGUGCCACGCAACGAUGAGACUCUGUUCGCCUGCGGCACAAACGCCUUCAACCCCACCUGUCGUAACUAUAAGAUGUUGACGCUCGAGCAGGAAGGGGAGGAGGUGGUGGGACAGGCUCGAUGUCCUUUCGAGUCCCGACAGUCCAAUGUUGGCCUUUUUGCAGGUGGUGAUUUCUACUCGGCAACCAUGACUGAUUUCUUGGCCAGCGAUGCCGUUAUUUACAGAAGCCUGGGAGAAAGUAGUCCUGUUCUACGCACAGUCAAGUACGACUCCAAAUGGCUGCGAGAACCCCAUUUCCUCCAUGCUAUUGAGUACGGGAACUACGUUUACUUCUUCUUCAGCGAGAUCGCAGUCGAGUACACCACUCUCGGCAAGGUGGUUUUCUCCAGAGUUGCACGUGUUUGUAAGAACGACAACGGGGGUUCUCCGAGGGUGCUGGAGCGAUACUGGACGUCGUUCCUCAAAGCUCGACUGAACUGCUCUGUUCCCGGAGAUUCCUUCUUUUACUUCGAUGUUCUGCAGUCGCUGACCAACGUGCUGCAGGUCAACCACCGGCCGGCGGUCCUUGGGGUCUUCACCACUCAAGCAAACAGCAUCACCGGCUCGGCAGUCUGUGCGUUCUACAUGGACGACAUAGAGAAGGCCUUCAACGGCAAGUUCAAGGAGCAAAGGAACAGUGAGUCGGCAUGGACACCCGUUCCCGAGGAGCAAGUCCCAAAGCCGAGGCCGGGCAGCUGCGCCGGAGAGGGCUCUGCAGCCGCCUACAAGUCCUCCACCACCUUCCCCGAUGAGACGCUGACAUUUAUCAAGUCGUACCCGCUCAUGGACGAGUCUGUCCCCUCGGUCAACGACAGACCCUAUUUCACCCGCACCACCAGCAGGUUCAAGCUGACCCAGAUAGCGGUGGAUACGUCAGCAGGGCACUAUAAGAACUACACGGUGGUGUUCCUGGGCUCGGACAACGGCCACGUGCUGAAGAUCCUGGCCAGCACCGAGGGCUCCAACGCUUCCUUCAGCACCCAGCUCCUGGAGGACAUCGACGUCUACAACCCAAACAAGUGUAAUGUUCGGGGGGAGGACCGGAGGGUGCUGGGUCUGGAGUUGGACCGGGAUCAUCACGCCCUGUUUGUGGCGUUCUCCAGCUGUGUGAUCCGUGUGCCGCUCAGUCGCUGCUCCGAGUACAACAACUGCAAGAAAAGCUGCUUGUCUUCACGGGACCCUUACUGCAUCUGGCUCAAGGCAGGCAGCUGUGUCACAGUCUCUCCAGGUUACAAGGGUGAAUUUGAACAGGAUGUGGAGAAUGGCUACCAUCAGCACCCCGAUACCUGUCAUGAUAUCUUGGCCACCACUCGCAGGCAAAACACGGCGCUCGAUUCCGCGUAUGGGAAGACCACACCCACAAGCGCCAGCACAACCUUUCAUGGGGCGGAGUUGCCAAAGGAGGCAGGUGACUCUGAAAGAGGUACAGGUCCUGAACGGCCUCCCCCUGUGGGGGAACAAGGGUCACCUGACUCAGAGCCAAUCAGUGUGGAGAUGGAGGGUGUGAGACGACCUCCAGAACUGGAGAGGACCAACCACAGUGUCCAUUACACCCUUCUGAUAGCUUGUGUUUUGGUGGCCUUUGUCCUUGGAGCCUUUCUCUCCGGGUUCCUGGUCUCGUGCUACUGCAACCACACUGGCCGCAAGACCAAGAAGCUGUCUAAAGAUCCUGAAGCUCCAAUCCCACACGCCCUGUCACUCCGAAGCCUGGCCAAGCUCAACGGCCUCCUGGACAGCCAGAGUAAAGAAGACAAGCUGGAGGUGUCGUCGCCAAAGAUCUACAACUCCUUCUUCACCAAUACCAAGGAGCAUCACCCGCCAAGGAGAAACGGCCACCAUGGCAUGACCAUGGGAGACCUGGUUCAUCCUCACCAUCACCACCACCUCCACCACUCCUCCGAGUUGUCUGGCCUGCCUACGCCAGACUCCACCCCAGAACUGCCCAUUAAGAGCAUGAAAGCCUUCAAAAACCAGUGGGAAAAGAACCAGAACUGCAACAAUGCCAAAGAACCAAAGCCUCACAACAUUGGUUCCCGGCCCAGCUCGGCACUUCUUCACCCACAGGUCUUCUCGUAUUCUCACAGCUUGUCAAACGGCCAGCCAGUAGUUGGUCACCUGCAUCCAGAGGAACGCAAAAUCCACAAUGUUGACCGCGUGUUAUCACAGCCGUACCCCGGUUACUCUCAGAAGGUGAUGGAAGUAACGUCGCUGGAUGAGCUUCUGAAGCACAUCCACGACGCCAGCUGCAGCAAGACCGCCCAGUUAAUGAGUCCGUCAGGUCUGAUGGCCAGCGGAGGCGUAGGACAGCUAGCCUUUGCCAAUCGCAUCCAGCCUCAUAUUCCUGAGACGGAGUCGGCCCCCUACUACAGCUCCUCCACGUUACCUCGGGACAGCCUCACCCGCCGCAUGGAUGUUCCUCCGGACAUCCCCUCGCACCACCAGUCCACCCUGGAGAGGAGGCACUCUUCCCAGCGGCACUCGCUGAUCGCUGCAGCCGCCAAAAUGCCCAGUGCAGGUGCGAUGGGCGGCGGAGGAAUGAUCCCCCGGCAGCACAGCUUCAGCCAGCGCAACAGCGGGGUCCAUCAACCCCCUCCCCUUCUGGCACGAAUGAACUCGACGGGCAGCGCUUGUGAGGUGCACUACCCUCUCAUCCCUAACGGAUACCUGUCCCGUCAGCACAGCUACAACGGAGAGCAGGAGGUGCAGCACAGGGGAGCCAUCGUCCGUCGGGCAGCUUCCCUCAAGCCUGACGUCCCUCCCAAGCCUCUGUUCAUCCCCGCCACGUCCCCCGUCAACGAACAGGGGAAGUUCAACUACUGAGGAGCUGCACUCCUGGACUAGAAGGCGUCGCCCUCUUUUAGGAACUUUCCUUCGAGGGCCCGAGCCAGAAAACAUAGUGAAUUUGGGUGGCACCCGGUCUCAACGUGGACAAGAGCCUCAACCAAAUUACUUUUUUUUGUUUUUCCUUUUUUUUGUGUCCAACGAAUAUCUUUGUACCAUAUUGGUAUUGUUCAGCAACUUGCUUAUUAUUAAACCGCUGACUUGGGUGACGUGACACCCCGUUACAUUAGGCUGCCAAUGUCCUCAAUGUGGAUUUACAGAACGAUGCAAGUUGAUGUCGGACAAACUGGACACUUGAGUCAUCUUGAAGAUUUAAAAGCCAGAGCCUCCUGCAAUGCUUCAGUUUAUGCUUUUGCUUAACCCUUUUCUGAUGUAGUGUUUGCAUCCAGUCCCAGCCACCCCACCCUCGACUGUGUUUAUAUUAUGCAUGUGUGUGUAUAUAUAUGUGUGUUUAUAUCCACACCGUAUAUGUAUACAUAUACAUAUGCAGUAUGUGUAACCUGUGGUGAAAGUCGGCAAAUUCCCCUGAAAGUAGUUACGUCUUUGCCUUACUAUACUCUUUCAUCCUUUGGGCAUAUCAAACAAUCCCCUACUCCCUAACAAAUAUCUUGGGGAAACCAUCAUGCACACCAUCAACACAAUUUGUCAUUUGACUGAAGACACUUUGUUCUGGUUGAUUCAACAAAGGAAAUACUUCAACAAAGCAGCUACAUUCAUCUUUUCUAUUUUUCUUUUUCUUUUCCUCUCAUUUCAGCCAAUGUCGGGUCACGAGACAAAUUCGGGACCAUUUGAGUUUUCUCAAGAAUGUUUCUUAUAGAUUGGUGCUUUCACAGAUCUGGGUUGUCUAACAGCUCGUAAAAUAGGAAAAAGUAUUAAAUUGUGGAACAUUGUGGACCCAAAGACGACUCGGCAAACAUGCCAUCUGGCAUUAUGAGAAUGAACAUGAAACAUACAACAGACUGCAGCUAUUAUAAUUAACGUUGUGACUAUUGGUUGUAAAUAAAGAAAUAACUACUAGCCAAAUUUUAACUGUAUGUGUAAAUGUGUGCCUUAUUUAAUAAUAGUGUGUGAUAUUGGGGGUAGGGGAUGCAAGGGGCUCAGACGGCUGCUAUGCGACAGUAUAUUCUAGGUGUUUGAUUUCCUGUGGUCGUCCAUACGUGUCAUCAACUUUCUAUUGUAUAUUUGAAGAGCUUCAUUCCAGAAUAAAAUGUCACCUUUUCUGAUAAACUCACAAUUGACAAUAUAAAGAAAGAGAUACAUGAUCUAACAUCUGUUUGGAUUGAUAUUGAUUAUAUGGGCUUUUUUCUAAAAUUAUAAAAUUUCAUGUUAAUAAAUCUAAAACACUUUAUUUGUAUACAUAAAAAAAUAUAUAAUUCUUUUUAUGAAUAUAUGCAUUUUUUAUGAAUUCUUUAUUUUGGAAUGAAACCCUUCAUCUCUCUUUUUUUCUGCUUUUCAUCCCAAAAGUGUGAGCCUGCAGUUUUUUUUGCGGUAUUGUUGGUAGGAAUCCUGAGACUGCAGACGUUCAGGUUCGACCGCCUCUGUAUUACGUCACUUUUACUGGGUUCCACUUUCCCUGUAACUGCCAUUUUCUUUCUUUCUUUCUUUUUUUCUUGCGGGGGGGUCGGAGUGGGGUCCUAAAGGAGAAAUGUAUACAGUAGAUCACCUCAAGUCCCCUACAGGCUUGCAGCCAUUGGAGCCGUCAGGUUUCACUGGUGGAGAAACCCACAAGUGGCAUUUCACUCCAAGUGUGCAGUUCUUUUUGAGAAGCAAUGGUGUUAAAAUAUCCUCUUUUUGAGCUUUUAGAAUGACUCCUGUAGUUGAGAUCUACCCGUUUCACCAGGUGUCAGUUUUCAAAACAUGGAGAUGUGCAAUGAACUCUGAUCCGACAGCCUGAGAUUGUGUCUUGGAUCUUGGGAAGCGAUGGUGAAAUGUUCACGGAUGGCUGCGCCGGCGUCGUCUACAUGUUCUGAGGACGCCCCCUCAGGGAUGGCGAUGCCAGUCGGCUCUGCUUCAGAAAUAUCAUCCCUUCAAAACUCGCCACUGUUGCACUUUUCAGGAGAGUCACUACGGCCACGCUUGACUGGAACUAUGAUCAAUUCUGUGAAAACAAUACCGCUUUGUUUACUUUAGCUGGAAAUGGUGUUCAUUGAUUAAAAUUUUACUGAGCUCAUUUGACCCUGUGUAAAGUUUACCAUUCAUACUCCAUCCCGUUAAUGGGGGAAAAAAAGUGGACAAACAACAUUUUCUCUGGGAGAACGCUUUAUUUGAAUUUGGAUAUCAACAGCCAGCAGAGCAUUAAAUAGAUUUUCAGAAAACAAAUACAAAAUAUCCAACUCAAUUCAAAGUUCAGGAGGCAGUAAGAUGGGUGGAAAAGGAAGUGGGGAGUGGAAGUGUGUUUUGUUUUGUUUUUUUUGCUGCAGGUCACAGAUUGUAUGGCAUGUUUUCGCCUCUAACAGCUCUGUCAGCAUUUCAUUUGGUGUAAAUACAUUAUCUCUGGGCAGGGUCUCAUUGAUUCAGUAUUGUUUUUUUCCCCCCACCCCUUUGUUUUCCAGGCUAUUCUUCGAUUUAUGAAUUUGGUCUCCCAGAAUACCAUUGUAUGUCUCUUAUACUAGGAAUAAAUAAAAUGAAAAAA